CCCCUCAUCCGGGUUUCUUUCAUACUUGAAAGCGAGACUUAGCGCGAGGAUGCGUGACAGUUUUCUCGAAGUUUGAAAUUUUAGCAAAUUGUAGGGAAAAUAUUGUGAAUGGCAACAGGAUUUGGAAGAGGCGGGCGAGGUGCAGCUCUUCUGCAGGCACUAAAUCAGCCUAUCAGAAAGCCAGGAGAACAAGAUGAGAAGAAGCCAGCACCAUCAGGUGAUGCCCCAGCACCUCCUCCAGCAGUACCCACCACAGUUGCUGGUCCAGGAAGUAUACCUGUGGGCAGAGGAUCAAUGGGGCGUGGGGCUUUUUUACAGGGCCUUCUGCAAGGUGCUACAACUCCAGCCUUGUCUAGAGGACAAUCAACAGCACAACAACCUACUCUUCCUGCUUCCGGGGGUAGAGGAGUUGCAAAUCUUCAAGCUCUAAUAAAAAAUGCUGGAAGAGGAGGGGGCAUAACAGGACCUUCACCAGCACCACAGAUGCCACAAGUUAAACCACCCCCACAGCCUCCAGUCAGUACCUCUCAGGAGUCCACACCUACUCCCUCAGUCACAUCUCAGUCAGGAGUGGCACCAAGCAAAGGUUCUUCAGAUCCUCCUAGUAGCAGACUCAGCAAGAUGGCUCUGGAUCGCCCACCUGUUGUACAUAAAUCAGGCACUGCAGGCAAACCAAUGAGUUUAUCAGGAAAUUACAUCAGGAUCAAAUGUGAGAAUGCAGGAGUGUAUCAGUACCAUGUAUCUUUUUCUCCAAGCAUUGACUCUAAGAAUAUGAGAUUUAAACUAGUGAACAAUGUUCGGGAUGUCAUUGGGUUCACUAAAGCAUUUGAUGGAUUCAUUCUGUAUUUGCCACAUCGCCUCUCAGAUCAGGAGACAGUGCUGCAGAGUAAGCGGCCAACUGAUGGCGUUGAUAUAACUAUAACCAUUAGAUUAACAAAAGUGAUAUUGCCAGAGCAGUGUGUUCCUCUGUAUAAUAUCAUAUUUAGAAGAGUGAUGAACAUUCUUGAAAUGGUUCAAGUUGGUCGUUAUUACUACAACCCCAAAACGCCAUCUGUUGUUCCACAACACAGGCUGGAAGUCUGGCCAGGGUAUAUCACAUCUGUGUGCGAAAAUGAAGAUGGUCUCAUGCUCCUAGUAGAUGCUAGUCACAGAGUUUUAAGAACAGAAACUGUACUCCAGUUGAUGAAAACCUGUGUGCAGAAAAAUCCUAAUGGCUUUCAGGAUGAGUGCACACGGUCUUUAGUAGGAACAAUAGUCCUCACACGUUACAAUAACAAAACUUAUCGCAUUGAUGACAUUUUGUGGUCAAAAACUCCACUCCACACCUUCAAGACAAGCCAAGGAUCAGAGCUCUCCUUUGUAGAUUACUACAGGAAUGCUUAUCAUAAGGAGAUUACCGAUCAAGAACAACCUCUACUGCUGCAUAGACCAAAAAAGAAACAAUUGCCUGGAGGGAAAGUUCCUGAAAAAAGUGAAGCAAUUUGCCUUAUACCAGAGUUUUGCUAUUUGACUGGGCUUACUGAUGAACUGAGGCAAGACUUCAGGGUAAUGAAGGAUCUUGCAUCCCACACCAGAGUUACACCAGAACAAAGAGUGGCCACUAUGAGGAAAUUUAUUAAUGCUGUCAAUAGCAACCCAGAGGCCAAAAAAGAACUGACAAACUGGGGGCUGAGCUUUGCUGAAAAUACAAUAAAUAUUGAUGGUAGACAAGCUCAGCAAGAGAAGAUCAUCUUUGGUAACAAUUACACGUGUAUGGCAGGACCCCAGGCUGACUGGAGCAGAGAUGCUACCCGCAACAAGGUCCUCACUCCUGUUGACCUGAAGAACUGGACUGUGAUAUUUGUUAAGCGUGAUGCAGGCAAGGCCACAGAAUUUAUAAACAUGAUGCAGAAUUGCUGCCGGCAGAUGGGCAUUCAGUGUAAUAAGCCUACAUGCUGUGAGCUUCGUGAUGAUCGUGUGGACACUUUGAGUGGGAGCCUUAGAGAUAACAUCAAUCCAUCGGUCCAGUGUAUGGUGGUUAUUUGUCCAACAUCCAGAGAUGAUAAAUACUCCGCCAUCAAGAAAAUAUGCUGUGUUGAAAUGCCAGUCCCAUCUCAGGUUAUCAUAGCUAAGACAAUUGCUAAACCAGACAAGUUGAGGAGUGUUACACAGAAAAUUGCACUACAAAUAAACUGCAAGCUUGGAGGAGAGCUGUGGGGAUUAGAUAUUCCAAUGUCCAAUCUGAUGGUAGUUGGAAUAGAUGUUUACCAUGAUAAAGCACACAAUAAGAGAUCAAUAGCCGGGUUUGUAGCCAGCACUAACAAAAUGUGCAGUCGCUGGUACUCUAAGACAGUACUCCAGAUGCCUGGUCAGGAGCUCAUUGAUGGACUCAAGCUUUGUUUGACUUCAUCCAUCAGGAAGUAUCAUGAGAUUAACCAUGUCUUCCCAGAGAAGAUUGUUGUCUUCCGUGAUGGUGUUGGGGAUGGAGAUCUGAAGUAUAUUGACCAUGAGAUUCAGCAGCUACAGCAGUGUUUUGGAAACUUUGGAGGAGAGUAUACUCCCAAGCUUUCAGUGGUCAUUGUACAGAAGAGGAUUAAUGCCAGGAUUUUCCUGAAGGGUGACAGGAACUUUGACAAUCCACCACCUGGCACCAUUGUUGAUCACACAAUAACUAGAAGAGAUAAGUACGACUUCUUUAUUGUGUCUCAGCAUGUGAGACAAGGCACUGUCUCCCCCACUCACUACAUCUGUGUUCAUGACAGUAUUGGGAUGAAACCCGAUCAUCUUCAGAGGCUCUCUUACAAAAUGACACAUCUGUACUACAACUGGCCUGGUACUGUCCGAGUACCUGCUCCAUGUCAGUAUGCCCACAAGCUGGCCUAUCUGGUGGGACAGAACAUCCAUAAAGAACCCAGUGCUGAACUGUCAGACAGAUUGUUCUUCUUGUAAAUUACAUGUACUUCCAUCAAUUUCAAGAAUCAGGGAGGCUUAAGAAAAGGCAGCAAUUUAGAUGAUACCGGUAUCAGUGUCUGAAUUUUGUUUUCUUUUGUGUCAGCAAAGUAGCUGAAGGUACAUUAGUUAGGUGAAAAAUAGUGAAAGCUAUUUGUUUACAUGGUUCCUUAAUGGCAGUUCCUGUCUGCGCUAUUUUGUAAAGGAUACAGGUACAUUUAGAACCUAGCUUUUACAUAGACAUUGUAAUGUGUUUGUUCUUGUUUUUUUUUAAAGCUCUAGGUAAAGUCCCUCGUAGCACUGCCAGUAACUUUUUUUAAAUAUUAUUAUGUGGAUACAUGUAUUUUAAUUAUAUUUUCUUAUACUGUUUAUUAAAGAAAAUAUAAUAGGUUGUGAAAAGAAUACUAUGUACAUCGAUUUGCUAGCAUAUAUUUUCCUAGAUUUGAUCUUCAUUAUGUACACUAACUUUCUAAACCCAAUAUUUUCAUCCUAGAAUAAAGUAAAUUGAACUUCGGACAUUGACACUGGAAUAUCAUGGAUAUGUUAAAGUGAUUUGGAAGGCCCAUCCAUUCACUAUUUUUUUAUUUAUGUAUUGUAACCUCCGUUUUCAAACCUUUGGUUAUAAUGGUCUUGUCAAGCUCAAGAUAACAAGGUCUGGCUGUAACAAUCAAGCAAGUUGCAAUGUUCUUUAAAAAAAAAAAGAA